AUGGCCAUGGACGUGGUGCAAUUGCCCCCUUUCCAGCCCCGGACGAUGGAGGUCCCAAGCUUCUUUGUCUCCUACCGCUGGUGGGAGGAUGAAGCAACUACCGUAUUUUGGGCCUUUGACAUCCAAGAAAUUAGCCGGAUCAUUCGAUUCGGUCUCUUUCGCGAUGAAAACUUUCCGCGGACCUCGUUACGCGCACGCAAUACAGACACCAUCGAUGCAUUUCUGAUCGCGCUGUCUGCGCCACACGAGUACCAGCUCCUCGACAGUCUCUCGCACAUGCAGAGGGUGGAGGAGAUUCUACGGCGGUCCAGUAUCCCGCCAUUCGAGCCCAUUCCCUGGAGUUGGUUCCCAUCCCAGAGUCAGACCGCAGAUGCGGAAGAAAUAGCCACGGCAAUUGAGAUCGAGAGCCAGUUCCAUUUCAGACGGAUUGACUUUGAAGAGUUUGUCCGUGCGGCGCUGGGCUACAAUGCCCUCUUUGUAGAUUGGUUCCUCCAGCAACAUACGGUGCUCUACUUGAUUCUGUUGAAUCAUCUCCAGGCCCAUCCAGAAGAAGUCCCGUUGUAUGCUCAGGUCGAAAAGAUUAUGCGGUGGCGGAGCCCUUUCGCCCAUCGAGCAUUGUUCAGAAGCCUGGAGGCGGUCCAGGAGGAUCAUGAUAUGCUCCCUUGCAGCACUACGGGAUUCCAGUUCAUCGCAGGCCCCAUCCAGGAUUUGUUCAAAGAUCAGCCGGGGAGGCUGAGCGACAUGCUCAAGAUGCUGAGUGUUCUGGCCAUUCGCUUUCGCCGACAGUAUGCGCAUGCUGCGGCUAUGGACUGGGAAACCCCAUUCGAUACAUCACUUACGUUUUUGGAAGACUGCCUCACCUACUCAUCGCCAAUGGAUCUGGCGCUCAACAUGAAAAGUCUGGAUGAACAUCAAUUCGCCGACGUCACCCGCCAAAAAUUAGUGACGGAUGACGCUGUGGUCCGACAAUUGUUUGCUCAUGGGCGGACUCUGAGCGUCUCGGUCUGGGAAUGUUGCUGCGCCCUUCCCGACUUGGUUCCAUAUUUCCAAGACUGUAUACAAAGUUUAUCAGCAACUCGAGACUAUCACUCUCUCAUGGCCUUGAUCAGCGGCCUCCGCGACUACGCUAUUUCCUCAAUGCGCCCCGAUGGAGGCACCGACACCGCGAUCGUAGAGGCCCUCAUUCCCAAGGAGAUCAUGUCGCUCAUGGACCCCAUUGGGAACUACUCUGCGUACCGACAGCAUUACCAAAAAUACCCCGGAGUUCCCUUUUUGAUCCCCCACAUCCGUGAUUUCAAAGAAAACGGCGAUGCCGGGCUGCAGCCAGUCUUACAGUUCUUGCAGGAGGAUUAA